CUCUUCCUCCUCCUCCUCGCUUUCCAAGGCGUCACCCAAUUCACAGCCUCCUCCUCCUCCUCCUCCUCCUGGAAGGCGAGGGGAGCCGGCAUCACCUAAGCACAGAAGGCACCUCUCUCCCCUUGACACACACACACACUCGCCUUCUCUCUAUCACACACAAACACUCUCACACCCUCACCUCUCUUACACGCUCAUAUUCCUCUCUGUCACACAUACACACACUUUAGCACACUCUCUCACACUGUUUCUGACACACACACACUCACACUUUCUCUUACACGGAUACUUUAUCACACUCACACACUUUCUGUGUCGCACACACACUCACUUUAUCACUCACACUUUCUGUCACAGAUACUUUUAUCACACUAUCACACUUUCUCUGUCACACACUUUAUCACACUUCUUCUCACACAGACACACACACAUCCCCUCUCUAUCACACUCAAACACUCUCUUACACUUUAUCACACUAACACACUUUCACACUCGCAUUGUCACACACUUUCCCUCUCUCACACACCUCCUCUCUCUCCUCCUCUCUUUCUUUCUGGCUGCUCCUCUGCUUACAUCCUUGCCUUGGGUGCUUUGCCCCUCUCUGUCUUCUCCUUCCUCUUCUCUCCCAAUGGAUUUGCCUGCCAGCCAAUGCAAAAAAGUCAAGCUGAGCAACAAAGUACAGAGUUGGGGGAUGCAAAGAGCUACCAAUGUCACCUAUCAAGCCCAUCAUGUCAGUCGAAAUAAGAGGGGUCAGGUAGUUGGGACCAGAAGUGGCUUUCGGGGCUGCACAGUCUGGCUGACAGGGUUGUCUGGAGCUGGGAAGACCACAGUUAGCAUGGCAUUGGAGGAAUACUUAGUAUGUCAUGGCAUUCCAUGUUAUACCUUGGAUGGUGACAACAUCAGACAAGGCCUAAAUAAGAAUCUGGGCUUCUCCCCUGAAGACAGGGAAGAGAAUGUUCGGAGGAUUGCUGAAGUUGCCAAGUUGUUUGCAGAUGCUGGCUUAGUUUGCAUCACUAGCUUUAUUUCUCCUUAUGCCCAGGACCGUAACAAUGCUAGACAAAUUCAUGAUGUGGCUAGUCUACCUUUCUUUGAAGUAUUUGUGGAUGCUCCAUUGUAUGUUUGUGAGCAGAGAGAUGUGAAAGGCCUCUAUAAAAAAGCCCGUGCUGGAGAAAUUAAAGGUUUUACUGGUAUUGACUCGGAGUAUGAGAAGCCUGAAGCUCCAGAGCUGGUACUCAAAACAGAUUCCUGUGAUGUCAAUGACUGCAUUCAGCAAGUUGUAGAACUUCUGCAAGAAAGGGAUAUUGUACCAGUGGAUGCUUCUUAUGAGGUUAAAGAGCUUUAUGUGCCUGAAAACAAACUUAAAUUGGCCAAAACAGAUGCAGAGACUUUACCAGCUUUGGAAAUAAAUAAGGUGGAUAUGCAGUGGGUGCAAGUUCUGGCAGAGGGCUGGGCAACACCUCUUAAUGGCUUUAUGAGAGAAAGAGAAUACUUGCAGUGCCUUCAUUUUGACUGUCUCUUGGAUGGGGGGAUUAUUAACCUAUCAGUGCCUAUAGUGCUGACAGCCACAAAGGAAGACAAAGAAAGACUAGAUGGUUGCACAGCUUUUGCUCUGGUGUAUGAAGGUCGCCGUGUGGCUAUUCUACGCAAUCCAGAGUUCUAUGAGCACCGCAAAGAAGAACGUUGUGCCAGACAAUGGGGAACAACAUGCAAGGAACACCCUUACAUAAAGAUGAUCAUGGAACAAGGUGAUUGGCUGGUGGGUGGUGAUCUGCAAGUUCUUGAUCGCAUUUACUGGAAUGAUGGCCUUGAUCAGUACCGAUUCACACCUGCUGAACUGAAACAGAAGUUCAAAGACAUGAACGCAGAUGCUGUCUUUGCAUUCCAGUUGCGCAACCCUGUGCACAAUGGACAUGCCCUGUUGAUGCAGGAUACGCACAAGCAGCUUCUGAGCCGUGGCUACAGGCGCCCAGUUCUUCUUUUGCACCCUCUAGGUGGUUGGACAAAAGAUGAUGAUGUUCCUCUGAUGUGGAGAAUGAAACAACAUGCAGCAGUGCUGGAGGAGGGAAUAUUGAAUCCAGAAACAACUGUGGUGGCCAUAUUUCCCUCUCCUAUGAUGUAUGCUGGACCAACAGAGGUUCAGUGGCACUGCAGGUCAAGGAUGGUUGCAGGCGCAAAUUUCUACAUUGUGGGCCGGGAUCCUGCCGGCAUGCCUCACCCCGAGACUGGAAAAGAUCUCUAUGAUCCAACCCAUGGUGCCAAAGUGCUGACUAUGGCGCCAGGCCUGAUAACACUAGAAAUUGUACCCUUCAGAGUGGCGGCUUAUAACAAGAAAAAGAAGUGCAUGGAUUACUAUGAUUCGGAACACCAUGAAGAUUUUGAAUUCAUUUCAGGAACUCGCAUGCGCAAAUUGGCGCGAGAAGGACAAAAUCCUCCUGAAGGCUUCAUGGCUCCUAAGGCAUGGACUGUGCUGACAGAGUAUUACAAAUCCUUGGAAAAAGCUUAGGCUGCUUAUUAAUUGCAGAUCAACCUUUGACGCUUGAUUUAUUAGCAAGAAGAGGGACCACACAGUCACCGUUUGGCACUGCUUUCUUGUAGUGUCUGUCGGGAAGUUUUUCCUUUAAAAAAAAUCCAGACCUUUUUCUCCUUAACUUAGCAUCAUUUUUCUGCUUCUCUUACUUAUGGGAUCUGUUACAUAUUGGCACCUAACAAAUGGCUGCUUUUAAUGUCUUCUCUUUUAUUAUGGUUAAUAUUCUUGUGGAAAGGUUGUUUUUUUUAAAAUCUUAUCCUUUUUUAAUAUUAUUUUUUAUGCCUCUGUGCCCUUCAGUUCUCAGUGCUGCUGCAUCUUUUUCUUUUCUUCCUUUUAUAUUAUUUAAUGUAGCUUGUGUUUUUGUUCUGUUUUUUGUUUUUCAUAGUUUGAAGGAUAGAUAUUGCAAUCUGAUAUAUGGGCUAAAAUAGGUGCUAAAUUUAAUCAAAAUCAAAUAACUUUUUAGAAUAAUCCACUUCUACUUUUCUGUCAAUAGUCUUUGAAGUUCUUGUAUGGAAUCUCUAAAAUAUGCUUCAGUGUACUGCAAAUUAAACUUACUUUAUUGAAUGUG